AUGUCGGAAUUUUGCGCAGCGGCUAGCGAGCUUGAUUUAAAUGCAAACGUGUUCAAUCCUCAGUGCCUGAAUACCCCAAUCAUCCUGUGUGGGGAAGUGGCUGAUUUCUCCAGACCUUCCGCGUCCUUCUAUUACUGGUCUCAACAGACCCCAGGAUAUUGCAUUCGCAGAUCCAGCGGGCGCAGCCGUCUGAACGUUCACGAGCAAGCCGGAGACACGUUUGCCUUCAACACGGAUCACCCAGACGAGGCGAGAAUUCUGCCAGGAUUAAGUCAAGGCGGCGCUAACCUCAGAGCUGCCGAAGGUCUCAUGUGCCUUCCGAUAUCGCCUUACCUGGUUGCGGUAUUCUGCAUUCUAUCCCCUAACAUGGAACAUAACAGGUUAAUUCACGACAGAAACUGGAUCCUCUUGAUGCUCGCUCUAAUCCCAACAAGUGUAGCAAACAGCCGAAACCAUGUGUCUCAAUCUCUAAUCACUAAAACAAUUGCGAACGACUAUCUAGCAGCUAAAGGGACCUUAACUAGAAAGUGUGAGAAUGAUGCGAUGCUGAGAGCUGCUCACAUCAUAUUUGCGAUGCCACAUGACCUAAUUAAGUUUCCUUCAGAUCAAAAAAAGGAAAGGAAAAACCCCCUUCCGCCCAUGAAUACAGCAAUUCCCUCAACAAUAUUCGCGAUCCAGCCUGCACUCGCCAUAUCUGUUCUUUCUUCGCCCUGA